AGGUCUAAGAAGUGUGUAUCUUCCGCAGGAAAUGAACAAUGAAGCUUUCUUGAUUACAUUGGUGUCAAGAUGCAAAUACUCGAGGAUUUUAGAAUUAUAUUCAUCUGAAUUCGAGAGUUUGCCUUACUCUAUUGGAAAGUUGAAACAUUUAAGAUAUCUUAAUCUCCAGUUUAGUAAAAAACUAAGGAGACUCCCUGAUUCAGUCUGCAAACUUCAAAAUUUACAAACAUUGAAUCUCUUAGGAUGUGUAGAGCUACAAAAACUACCCAAAGGAAUGAGAAAUCUAAUCAGCCUUGGGAAUCUUUUUAUAACCACCAAACAAGUUGAUUUUCCAGACAAAGGCAUUGCAGUUUUGACUUCUUUAGAAAAUUUAAAUACUAGUUAUUGUCGUAAUUUGGAGUCAUUGUUCAAUGGUAUACAACUAUCCACCCUAAAAAAAUUAUCCUUAUAUGGAUGCGAAAGUCUAAAGUCGGUGUCGUUUCACGCCAUUAGAAAUAUAAAUGUUUUGGCUAUAUGUAAGUGCGACAAGUUGGAAUUGGCAAUGGGUGUUGGAAGUCAAAUCCCCGAUUCAAGGUUAAAGUUUGUUUAUCUUGGAGGCUUGCCGCAACUGGUGACGUUGCCUCAGUGGAUUCAAGGAUCUGCAAACUCUUUACAAAGUUUAGUUAUUAUGGGUUGCAUCAAUCUUAAGGAGCUUCCCGAUUGGCUACCAACUCUAAUUUAUCUCAAAUAUCUUGCUAUUUGCAAAUGUCCAAAUCUGUUGUCACUGCCUGACAACAUGCAUCAGCUCAAAAAUCUUGAAAAAUUAGACAUGAGUGGUUGUCCUCAAUUAUGGAAAAGAUUCAAGCCAGGAGUUGGAAAGGAUCGGUACAAAAUAUCACACAUCAAAUAUGUUUACAAUCUUCAAGAAGAAGAUGAUGAAGAAUAAGAUAAAGAGGAGGACGACGACGACGAAGAAGAAUAUUCUGGGAAUAACACAAUGAAAAGUUGAAGGUACUAAUUUUAAUCCUUUGACUUUUCUAUUACAUUAUUAUUUUUUACAAGUUAUUUUUUUAUUUUUAAAUUUUAAAGGAAAGGAUUUUUUUUAUUUUUCUUUUACACAGGCUAUACCAAUUCCUCGGUCUCUCCACCUCAUAAGGCACUAAUCUAGCAGGAAGCUCUGAAAUAUCUUAUUUACGUAUAAAUUUUAUAAACGUGUACAAUUUUUUUUUUCCAACUUUCGAAACAAUGUUUUUUUUUAUACAUAAAGUGUUGAUAAGGUGAAUAUUUUGUAAUAGUAGUGCAAACAUAUAUUGUGUAUCAAAUAAAGAACAAUAUUAUAUUUCUCUU